AGUAGCAGAUGCAGGAUCUGAACCUAGAUUUUCUAAUGCCAAGCCUAGUACUCCUUCUAACACAUUGGAGCAUCCCUUGUAUGGAUAACUUUACCUCUCACCCAUCAUUGUCUUCAGGAUGGAGAAUUCAGGCUCAAAAGGACUAAAUAAAGAUCUGGACAUGCAUGUUGAAUGGUGAGGAAGAAACUAUCACAUUUUCAGAAGCUACUCCCCCAAUUCUUUGAAGGACAAUAAGAGAAUAAAGACAGAAAGAUUAGGUCUUGGUCAUUAUUUUUUUAUUGUAGGAACAUCAUAGGGACAGAAUGGAUAAGAGGAUGGAGGAACUCAUCAUUUUAGAUAACUGAUGUAUCCCUAAGAAAACAAAUAUAAAAACAUGGAAUUUUGGGUGGGAGAGUAGGGAAUUUAAGGCAUAACUCUUAUGUGGGCCUGAAAAGGGGCCAUGGAGGAAGUGUAUAGUAUAGAAAUGGAAUUAAAUAAACAGGGGACUGAGCUGGGAACAAGGAGAUGCAAGAGAAGGGUUUAAGAAAGAAGGUAGGAGGUAGAGUUAGGGAUAGUCAUCAGCAAAAUAAGUAUAAUCAGGAAGAAGCUGGUGGGGUGAUUGCAGAAGGGAGAGAGAGAGAGAGACAGAUAGACAGACAGAGAUCCUGGCAGUGGAAGAGAGGGCAGGAUCCAGAGUAAUACUGCUCCAGUUCCAGAUAACUUGUGCUUAUAUGACCUCUCCUCCCUUAUUUUUUCUCUUUUAAAGUGUGAGGCUAUAUGAUGGAGAGGGGAUAAAAAACAAACAGCUAAUAAUCGUAAUUGUAUGUGCAGGGGAUGAACUUGCCCAUAAAAUGGAGAACGACAGAAUGAGUCAGGCAGCAAAAUCCAACAAUUUGUUGUUUACAAGCAACAUGCUUAAAACAUAAAGAUUCAUAGGAGGAUGGGCAGCUUAGUCCCAGCCCCAAUUCCAGGUCCGUUCCAGUCCCAGCAGAAACCAAAGGAUGGACAACGUUCCAACCCGUCGGUACCGUAUUCAUGGACAGCUCCACUUCAGCCACAGCAGUACCCAAAGGAUGAACAAUUGUGUCUCAGACCGCCAGGGUCUUCAUGGAUCUACAGCUCUGGCCCAGCACACUCAACACUUUCUUCAUGGACAGCUCUUUUCCAACCCCACCAGGACCUUGGAAUGGACAGCUUCGUCUCUGUCCUGCAAUGUCCUCUUCAGAGGCAGUUCCCAUUAAUUCUCUGAGGAUCUACAGCUAGGUGUCGGCGCCAUCAGAACCCUCUUCAUGGACAGCUCCAUCUCAGCUUAGUCGCGGACAGCUCUACAGCAGCUGCAGCUUUGCACUCUUGGCCGAUUCCCCAACAUCCUCAAGACCGAACGAUCAGUCAGUCUGUGCUACCGCUGGCUCCCUCAUCCCCCUGGUCCCUUGAGACCUUGGACCCCGGCCCUGUUUGCUCCCCUGCAGCUGCGCGCCUCUACCCAGCAGCCCCUCUUCCUCUUCCUUACGACAUCAUCCGUCCCUAACCGGAUGGCUCUUCAGCAUCCUUUGACUACUCGAUCCUCGCCCCCACACCGCUGCCCUGCCUGAUUCCCCUACACCCGAUCCCCUCAUCUGCACCGGAUCCCCUGGGUCUCGCAUCCACCAACCAGCUUCCUGGCCAGGCUCCCCUCCCCCCUCAUCUCACCUCCUCCCCCAUUCCAUCCUGCCCCUCCCUCCCCCUCCCCCUGCGGCACUGCCGCCUGUGCAGCCGCGAUAUCUGCUCCGGGUGUCGCGGGCAGCGGCUGCGGUCGCGGGGUGCGUGGGGCUCACCGGACAGUGGGGGGGCGAGCGGCGAGCGAGGGAGCUGGGGCGGGGGCUGGCGGUGCCGUCCACCCCUCCCCCCAUCUCCGCAGUCGGGCAGCUUUUCCCCGGGAGAAGAUGGCGGAUCGGGCGGAGAUGUUUUCUCUCUCUACCUUCCACUCCCUGUCACCGCCGGGAGGCAGGCCUCCCCAGGACAUCAGCCUGGAAGAAUUUGAUGAUGAAGACCUUUCCGAGAUCACCGAUGACUGCGGCAUUGGUCUCAACUAUGAUUCGGACCCUUGUGAGAAGGACAGCCUCUCUCUGGGACGCUCAGAACACCCGCACCCUAUCUGCUCCUUCCAGGAUGAUUUUCAGGAGUUUGAGAUGAUUGAUGAGAAUGAAGAGGAGGAAGAGGAGGAGGAUGGGGAAGGGGAGGUAGAAGGGGGCCACAGGCAUGAAGCACCCCCAUCACCACCCCUCAUCCCAUCUCCUUCUGCCCAAGAGCCCCAGAAACCUCGUCCCACCACCCUGAACCUUACCUCACUUGGGACCCAGGACUCUUUGAACAACAACGGGGGCUGCUCUCCUCCUCCAGCCACUUGGCAGGAGACCCUGCUGCCCUCACCCCCAGAGGAGUCCCACAAUGCACAUCGGGGGCCUCAUGUUUGCACCGCAGAUGGGCACCGUGAGGAACAGUGUGGGCCCCCCAGUGACUACGACUGCGAAGGGAAUCGGCCAGGAGAGGGGUCUGAGGCGUCCACUGGGCCCCCGCCUGCUCCCGGCGGCUCUUCGCCCUCCUCGGACCCGGGCAUCGAGGCCGACUUGCGCAGCCACUCCAGCGGGAGCCGGAGCAGGAGCCGGGGUCGGGGCAGGGGCCGGGGCCUUCGGAGCAGUCAGGAGCUGUCCUCGCCGGGCUCGGGCUCGGCCUCUGGCUCGGACUCCGAGGACGCUGGAGGCCGAAGCCUGGGUCACAUGAUCUCCUCCAUCUCCGAAACGGAGCUCGACCUGAGCAGCGACGGAGGCAGCAGCAGCGGCCGUUCUUCCCAUCUCACCAACUCUAUUGAAGAGGCUUCGUCUCCCGCCUCUGAGCCCGAGCCCGAGGCUGAGCCCGAGCACGAGGCCGAGCCCCGGCUGGAGCCCGGGUGCCCCGGGGCCGGCCUGGCGCCUUCCCCGCGACUUCCCGAGCCACCCGCGUUGUCCGCGCCCUCCGAGUCUCCCGGCAGCCUGCGGCGGCCCGCCUAUCUGCCCGUGGGCCCGGGAGGGGCCGGGGCCGGACCGCCUGCCGGGCCAGACGAGGCCAACAGCGAGUAUGAGUCGGGCUCUGAGUCGGAGCCCGACGUGAGCGAAGACGCUGACUCUCCGUGGCUGCUCAGCAACCUGGUGAGCCGCCUCAUCUCCGAGGGCUCGUCGCCCAUCAGCUGCCCGGCUCAGUGCCUGUCCCCUGGGCCCGGACACCCGCCUCCGGCCUCAGCCUCAGCCCCCGCAGCUGCGCUGCCCGCGCCGCCCUCCCCUAGUGACACCAUCUCCCCCACGUCCGCUUCGGUCUCCGCCUCGGAGUUAGGCCGUGUUCCGGACGGUGGGGGUCGCGGGGGCCGCUCGGGGCCAGGCUUGGCCUUCGAGGACACAGAAGAAGAGGAAGAGGAAGAAGAAGAGGAAGAGGAGGAGGACGAGGAGGAGCGGGAGCCUCAGCGCUCCCCGGGGGCACCUGCUAGCAUUGAGCUGGAGUUGGUGGACAUGGAAACUCUGUGCGGAGGUGGAGGUGGAGGCAGCGGCGGCGGCGGUGGGGGAGGUGCCCUGCAGCCCCCAGGCAGGCCCCUAGCCCCGGCGCGGCCCCCGCCAGCCCAGCCUGGGCCAUUCCUCUUCCUCAGCAACCCCACGCGGGAUACAAUCACUCCCGUGUGGGGCGCGCCAGGCCGGGCCGCCCGCGCCAGCCGCGCCUGCUCGGCUGCCUGCUCGAAGGAAGAGGAGGAGGACGAGGAGGACGAGGAGGAGGAUGAGGAGGAAGACGAGGACGAAGAGGAAGGAGACGAAGAGGAAGACGAGGAGGCCACGGGGGUGGCGGCCCCGCGCGGGCUGGGCCUGGGGCCGAGCCCAGCAGCAGCGCGAGACGCAUCUUUGGUGUACGACGCGGUGAAAUACACGCUCGUGGUGGACGAGCACACGCAGCUGGAGCUGGUGAGCCUGCGGCGCUGCGCCUCAGGUCUCAGCCACGACAGCCCGGCCAGCGACAGCGGCAGCGACAGCGGCAGUGAGGACGCGGGCUCCCCGCCGGGGCCCGGGACUCCGGGAGCCCGAGCCCUGUUACUAGGCAGCCGUAGCGGGGCAGCCUCCCCAGACAGCCCGGACAGUCCCGACCUCACCUUCUCCAAGAAGUUCCUCAACGUCUUCGUCAACAGCACAUCCCGCUCCUCCAGUACAGAGUCCUUCGGGCUUUUCUCCUGCGUGAUCAAUGGGGAGGAGAGAGAGCAAACCCAUCGAGCUGUGUUCAGGUUCAUCCCAAGACAUGCCGAUGAGCUGGAACUUGAUGUGGACGACCCUGUUCUGGUGGAGGCUGAGGAGGAUGACUUCUGGUUUCGAGGCUUUAACAUGAGGACAGGAGAGCGGGGCAUCUUCCCAGCCUUCUAUGCCCACGCUGUUCCUGGCCCCACCAAGGACCUGCUGGGGGGAAAGCGGAGCCCGUGCUGGGUGGAACGUUUUAACGUGCAGUUUCUAGGCUCUGUGGAGGUGCCCUGUCACCAGGGCAACGGGAUCCUGUGUGCAGCUAUGCAGAAGAUUGCCACAGCUCGGAAGCUGACUGUCCAUCUUCGUCCUCCAGCCUCCUGUGACCUCCAGAUCUCCCUUCGAGGGGUCAAGCUGAGUCUGAGCGGGGGUGGGCCUGAGUUUGAGCGCUGCAGUCACUUCUUCCAGAUGAAGAACAUUUCAUUCUGUGGCUGCCACCCCCGAAACAGCUGCUAUUUUGGUUUCAUCACCAAACACCCAGUUCUCAGCCGCUUUGCUUGCCAUGUGUUUGUCUCCCAAGAGUCCAUGCGACCUGUUGCCCAGAGUGUGGGUCGAGCCUUCCUGGAAUAUUAUCAAGAACACCUGGAAUAUGCGUGCCCCACAGAAGACAUUUACCUGGAGUAGUCCUGCCUGGGCCCGUCUCCUCCCCUGGGGACACAGGAGGAGGGAGUGACCUUAUGUGCUUAGAGAUCUCUGAGGCUGCCCUGGGAACUCUGGUCCUUAUCCCUUUCCCCUUCCCACCCAGGGCACAUUAAGGGGGAGACACUGGCCUUCUCCCUGGGGGAAUGGGGGCCCUGAGCAGAUCCAGGAAUCACUUGAGACCUCCCCUUUCCAUAUCCUUCCCUUAUCUCUGGCUAUCUCUCUCUGUGUCUGUCUCUCCCCCUCUCUGUGCCUCUCUGAGUCUCUCCCUCUUUCUGCGUCUCUUCCUUUCUCUUUACGUCUCUCUCCACAUGUGUCUUUUUCUCUUUAGCUACCCUCUUGGCGUAUUUCUCUCUUGCUCUGUGUCUCUCCUUCUUUACCUCUGUCUCUCCUCUUGUCUGCCUCUGCCCUUCCGCUAGCCCUUGGUCAGAACUGGGGGCUCUGGUAGGGCACUCUUCUGUCUGAGAUGACUCUGUUCCCCAAAGGAAUUCCUCCUCAGCUCCCCUCACCAUUUAUUUCUAAAGGAGUUUUACUUUUUAUGGAGACUCUAGAGGGAUUAGCUAGCUGUCCUCCCCAUCCUGCUCUGCCCAGCUAGGCUAGGCUCAGGGCACACCCCAAGGAGUGGGUGUCUCAGCCCCUUCCAAGACCAGGAACAACAGAAGGGGUUCUACGCUCCCAUAGAGCCCAGGAGACAUAGAGGGGAUUCUUGGUUCCCCUAGAACCCAGAAGAUACAGAAAGGAUGUUCCCUGUCCGACCCCUUGGGGAGUCCAGGAGGUAGGUGGAGGGAUUCUUUGCCCCUCAAUCAGCCCAGGAGACAUGUGGGUGUUCUCUGCCCCUAUCAGAGCCUGGGAGACACAGGAAGGGCCUUCCCUGCUCCUUCCUGAGCCCAUGGGAGACAGAAGGGCCCCCCCUGCAGAGCCUAGGGGAGGGGGUCCCUCAGCAUCUCCCUGGCCCUGCUGUGCCUGACCACACCGUUGCUUUGCCGCUACUGGCCCACUCACAGCUGUCUAGUGCGAGUGUAUCUGCCCCCUCCCCCCAUGCUGUAUAUCCAGGCCUGGCCCAAGGGGCCCUCAAUAAACUAUCUGCUUGGUGUGAUCCUG